UUGUUGGGUUGCGCCGAUUUUUAUGGAGAGGCUCCUAAUGAGUCCCCGGACUCCUUGAAUAAUCUCCAUCUGCUCGGCGGCAGCUCAUGCCGGCCAAAGCAGUCGGCUCAGUCUCUCCCUCACGUAUCCCUUCUUCCAGAUUCCACGAAGAAGCUGAAGGACGUGCUGCAGGAGUUCCACGGAAAUGGCGUGCUGGCUAAGUACAAACCAGAGGAGAAUCAGGAAAUCCUCAACCAGGAGAUGGACUACGAAGGCUUCAAGGUCUUUAUGCAAACAUUCCUGGAGAGUGAACUCCCGGAGGAAUUCUGUCAGCACCUCUUUAUGUCGUUUAGCAACAAGGCUCCCAAACCCAGUCCCUCAUCCUCUGACAGGCCUCGAGUCUCUGGACUGAAGCUGAUCAAAGGCAGCUCCACCCCUCUGAAGACCCAGGCCCCGUCCAGGCCGCUGGACACCGUGCAGCUGAAGGACAUCGUCUUCUACCUCUCCCUGCUGGAGGGCGGGCGGCCUGAGGACAAACUCGAGUGUAAGAAACCCCCCCCACCCCGCCACCACGCGUUCGAUGGCACGCCAAACGAGAAUUUAGAAUCCACGUUUCAUCACACGAUGCUUUGUAUGUUUCUCCUCUGCCUUCGCUGGCAUGCGGAGCCACAGAUCAUGUUUCGCCUCUAUGACACAGAUGGGAAUGGGUCAUUGGACAGCUCGGAGCUGGAGCACAUUAUCUCCCAGAUGAUGCAUGUCGCCGAGUACCUGGAAUGGGACGUGACAGAACUCAAACCGAUCCUCCAGGAGAUGAUGCGGGAGAUCGACUACGAUCGCGACGGCACCGUGUCCUUAGGGGAGUGGAUCCAGGGAGGCCUGACCACCAUCCCUCUGCUGAAUGUAAAAGAUGACGGGCAGCACGUGUGGAGGCUGAAGCACUUCAACAAGCCGGCCUACUUCUGCAAGUACACAGUCCACGAGCGCUGCGUGGCUCGCGCUCCGCACUCUUGCAUAAAAACCUACGUAAAGUCCAAGAAAAACACAGAGUGUGCUGCCUUCUCCGUCUCUCUGCAGGUAAUGCAUCAUUUCUGGGUUGAAGGGAACUGCCCCACCAAGUGUGACAAGUGUCACAAAACCAUUAAAUGCUACCAGGGCUUGACUGGGCUCCAUUGUGUGUGGUGUCAAAUCACGCUCCAUAACAAGUGUGCCUCCCAUGUGAAACCCGAGUGUGAUUGUGGACCCCUGAAGGAUCACAUCCUGCCCCCCAACUCAAUCUGCCCCGUCGUCCUGGAACGGCAGUCGACGCUGAGGAAAGACUCCCGGUCGAGCCAGUCAAGCCGAGGAAAGAUGCAAAGAGCCAACUCGGUCACGGUCGACGGCCAGGGACUGCAGAUCACAACAAUAGAGGGCACUCAUCCUCUGCUGGUGUUUGUCAAUCCGAAGAGCGGGGGGAAGCAGGGGGAGAGGAUUUACAGAAAAUUCCAAUAUCUUCUUAACCCGAGACAAGUGUACAACCUGGCCAAGAACGGACCCAUGCCCGGGUUGAACUUCUUCCGGGACGUUCCGGACUUCAGGGUGCUGGCCUGCGGCGGGGACGGCACCGUGGGCUGGAUCCUGGACUUCAUCGAUAAGUCCAACCUGGACAGGAACCCCCCCGUGUGUAUACUUCCUCUUGGCACGGGCAAUGACCUGGCAAGAUGUCUGCGAUGGGGAGGAGGCUAUGAGGGGGAAAGCCUCCUCAAGAUCCUGAAAGACAUCGAGAACAGUUCAGAAGUGAUGCUGGACCGCUGGAAGAUCGAUGUCACACCCACAGACAAGGAGGAGCAGGGGGACCCAGUGCCUUACAGCAUCGUCAACAACUACUUCUCCAUCGGAGUGGAUGCCUCCAUCGCACACCGUUUCCACGUCAUGAGGGAGAAGCACCCGGAGAAGUUUAACAGCAGAGUGGAUCUGUCCACGGUGAGUGUCAUUCAGAGGAACGCGGGUGAUGUCGAGCGCCACCUGUUGCACACCUGGGCCCACAUGUUGCACACCUGGGCCCACCUGUUGCCCCGCCGCCAACCCGCCAGGUGUCUCGGCUGA